AUGAACCCUGCCUAUGGAGAAGGUUAUGGCGAGUGGGAUUUCCGUGGCCAGCUCCUGCCGAAGGACACCUUUGCGCUUGGAGUGGUGGAUCUCAUCCCCGAGUCCUGGGGCACCAAGGGCGGCAAAAACUUCCUCCUCUUCGAUGCUCGGGCUGGCCUGGCGGUACAGCGAGUCCAGCUCGCGCCGAAUGGAAACUCAGACCGCCGCAUCAACAAGUAUUCGCUGACCAUGUGGUUCCGCGUCCCAAUGCUUCCGUCCAAGGCCGAUCGAAUGCUGUUGGUGGAUAUGCCUCGUGGCGAGAUGGACUCAGAGAUGAUAGACGAGACCUCCUCGGGGGGUGGCGGCAGCACCCUCUUUGUGUGGAGGGGCGGUGUGUUGGCGCCAGAGGGCUAUCACGAGCCCUCGCUGCAGAAGAAGGACACGGAUGCUUCCGCUCGCCUGCGCCAGAUGGUGACGUUGGCGUCACCAAGCCAAGUUGCACAGAAGGCAUCGCUCGGCGUCACAGACGCGUUAAAAGGGAAGGGCGUUUCGAUAUCGGAGUGCUCGUUAGCUAGCUUUCCGCUGCUUGGGGUCUACUCUACACUGGUGAAUGGCGAGUGGCACCUCAAGUUCUCGGGCGCCGAGCACGAGAAGAAGGCUGAGGUGCUGUUGACCAUGGAGCCUUCAGGACGCCUGCUUCUGGCCCCAUCUCGAGGUGCCGCCUCGAGGAAGCGAGCGGAUGGCCAGAACACUCGUUUUGGUGUCCGCCUGAAGAUGACCCAGGAAGUCCGCGAGUAUGUGGAGAACUACUGCGACGGUGUGGUGCCAGAGGACUUCCAAGCAGUCGUGGACCACUUCUGGGGCAGUAAGAUCCGCCCGGCCUGCAAUGUCGCCACGUCUGGCAGGUCGUGGGCCGAGAUUGGAUGGCCAGGAAGCCAAAACCAAUGCAAGCGGCGGGCGAUGAAGGACCUCAAGAGUCGUGGCGACGUCCUGGUCGCUCGAGGCCUUCCCGCCCUGGAUGCCCUCCGGAUCGCGAGAUCCUUGAAGGAGUUCUCGCAGGCUGGGGCCGAAUUUGUGGAGGACAAGUCGAUGGAAACAGAGAUCAAGACAGGCGAUAUGGUCCAGAAAGUGUCCAAGGGCCCCGUCGUUCAGCCUGCCGACAGCGGGUUAUUCACGGGCUUCGGAUUGUUCGGAGGCGGCGUUGGCUUGGAGGACGGGGAGGCUGGCAAAGUCACCAACGUCAACUACAACCGCGGCCAGGUGCACGUCGAGGGCAAACGCGGCGGCAAAUGGUACGGCGAGGACGAAGUGGUCAAAGUCGAUCCGAAAGCGCUGGGCCUGGUCCCUCUAACAGACUCUGAGUGGGCAGGCUUGGCAUCAACUCGGGCCAACUACGUGUCCUUCUCGCAGCAGCUUCCGAACCCUUUGAUGGAGGCCGGCUGGCAGGGCAAAGGCCGGGCCGAGAAGGCGGCGGAGACGAGCUCGGCCGAGGUGGACCUCAACUUCGACGUGGUGGCGGCAGGGUUCAUGUCAUCCUACGUGGAUGCCCAUGUGGCCUAUGCGGAGUCCGGCCUGGAGAUCACAGGACAGUGGCGGACCGCAGACGGAUCGGCCGGCACAGUGACCGGAACUAAAGCGCUUGCGGGCCUGGCAUUGGGCGGGCUCUGGCACUUGGAGCUGCAAACUGGAGCUGAUUCCAUGCAGCACGCCUGGAACUGCUGGUUCUCCUGUUUCCCACCGAGCUCCGGCGGCAACACCUCGAUGAUUCGCGUGUCAGGCUCAGCCUUGGCAGGGCCCCUGCUACAGGAGGGAUCUUCGCCGGAGAAUGCCCCGCCGGCACUGCAGAUUGGUGGUGAGAUGAGUGGGAAAGGCAUCGUGUCGUUCACCUUCUCUGCCUUGGAGGACAGCCUCCCUCUCUUGGCUGGCUUGAGUGCCGAGAAUUGGAUUGGCUCCACAUGGGAAGGUGAGCUGGGCCCAGAUCGCUGGCUCCGCGGCUCAUGGCGCAAGGCGGGCGAUGCGGGAUCUGGCCGCUGGCGCGCGCGCCACAUCGGCCGGGCCGCCGUGCACAACACGCUGAAACCACAGGUCGACUCUGGGGCAGAAUGGGAAGCCAAGCGAUGCGAGAUUCGCACGGCCCCGCCGGACGCCAAGUCCGCCGGCCGCUUGAAGAAGGGGAUGAAGGUCAAGCUGUCGAAACUCUACAAGACCUGCAGCGAUGCCCCGUUUGGACCCUUGAAGGAAGGCCAAGUUGGCGAAAUCAUUCAGGAGAACCCUGGAUCAGAUCAGCCAGUGAACGUCAAGGGCCCGGGAGGCGGAACAUGGUGGUACCAGGAGAAGGCUUUGGUACCAGCCUUUGCGCUGCACGAUGACUCGAGGAUCUUCAACCCGCUUGGAGACGAGUUCGAAGGCGUCUCCUUCACGCGCUUUCCGAUCACACAAGGCAGUGCCUAUGCGGAGUUCCGCGUCGUCCGCCUGGGCCGCACUCAGCCGAUCCUGGGGCUGGCCGUCAUGGAGGAGAAGGCCGGCAAGACGAUUCUCACACGGAUGGCAGUCAUCGAGGGCCGAACUGCACGCAAGGUCGACCUCUCGAAGCUGCCCGAAGAGGUGCCAGAAGAGGAGAAGGGCGAAGAGGGCGAGAAGAAGGAGGCGACUGCGAAAGCCAAGAGGGUCAGCAAGAAGCGGUCGAACAGCAGCGAAAUCGACUUCUCCCUCUUCGACGAUGCCCCGAAGCCUAACGAGGACGAAGAAGAGGCGGAGGAACCGGAAGAAAAGGAGGUAAAGGAGAAGAAACAAGGCUGGGACCUGGCAAAGCCCUAUGGCGAUCGCUGGCAGGAGGGAGAUGUGAUCUGCUGCCAGAUUCUGAUGCCGGGCGGCAUCAUUGCCUUCGGCCUCAAUGGCGAUUUCCAGGCGCCGAUGGGCACGGCCUUCGACCUAAAACUCCCCGAGGGCACGCAGCUUUGCCUCGUGGCAGCAGCUGGCGAGAACGGGCGUCUUCGGGUGAACCUCGGAACUGUGGCCUUCUCCUUCCCUCCACCGCAGAAGCUGGAAGCACUGCUUCCGGAUAUCGAUGACGACGAGGAGGAGGAGUCACCAAAAGAGAAAGAAGAAGGCAAAGACGUGGAAGAAGAGGGCGCAACAAAGGGGGUCGAGGCGUCGAAGGCAGCGCCGAAGGAGGAGCAACCAGCUGAACUGGUUCCCAUCGAUGUGCCACCGUGCCAGGGAGUUGGGGAGGCCAUGAAGAUUCGGCCGUUGUGGCAGGUGAAACUCCCCAAGGCAGUGAAGGCCUGGCCUGUCUACGCCGCGCCCUCCCGCGAGUCGCAGGGUCGACGCGCCAUGAAGGACGGCGAAGUCGUGGAGCAGGUUGCCCUCGAUCCUUCGGGCGCGGGCUGGGUACAGCACCAGGCCGGAUGGAGCCCGUGUCGGAUGGUGGUGGUUGGGCAUGAGUACGAGGCGCUGAAGCCCACACCGGCUUGGGUUGGCAUUGACAAGCCACCCAAAGAGAAGAAGGUGCGCAAGACGAUCCAGCGCGUUGUCCACGCCACGAUGGAUGCUGAGCAUCUUGACGAGGAACUCUCUAAGGCUCUGCUCCCAGCAUUGCUGGAAUUUCCGCGGCUCUGA